AUGUCUGAUGAUGAAUAUUUUUAUGAGGACGAUGAUAAAUCAGUUGUGGUUGAAAGUGAGGAUGAUAUUUCUGUAAUGGAGACAGAUGUAUAUGAUGAGAAAGUACAAGAUAGAAGGUUUUCGUUGUGGAAUUUUUGGAUAAGUUCUUUGUUUCUUAAAUUGUUAUUGAUUCCAGGUUAUUAUAGUACAGAUUUUGAUGUUCAUAGGAACUGGUUGGCUAUUACAAGUAACCUGCCGAUUAGUAAAUGGUACUAUGAAAAUACGAGUGAAUGGACAUUAGAUUAUCCACCAUUUUUUGCCUAUUUUGAGUGGGUAUUAUCAAGAUUCGCUCCUGAAAUUGUUAAAAAUGAUGGAUGUCUAGAUAUUGUGGAAGUUGGUCAAUUUGGUUUACCUACUAUUGUAUUCCAAAGAUUAACGGUUAUAAUUAGUGAAAUUUUAUUAUUUGCUGUGUUGCAAUAUUAUAUUAAUACUAGUAACUCGAAGGAGAGAGGACAAUGUUUCGUGGUUGCCUCGAGUAUUGUUUUAUCUCCAGGUUUUUUGAUUAUUGAUCAUAUACAUUUCCAAUAUAAUGGAUUUUUGUUUGCUAUUUUUAUCGCAUCCAUCGUAGCAGCAAAACAAAAAAAAUAUUUGGCAUGUGCCGUAUUCUAUUCAAUUAGUUUAUGUUUUAAACAUAUAUUUUUAUAUCUAGCACCAUGCUAUUUUGUCUUCCUAUUACGAGCAUAUGUCUUAAACUUCGAAAAUUUUAAAUUUAAGAGCUACAUGGACUUACAAAGUGUGAUUCAAUGGAAAAGAUUAUUUAAACUUGCGGGCAUUGUAAGUGGUAUUUUUACUAUCUGUUUUGCUCCAUUUAUUUUUCAACUUCCUCAGGUGUUGAGCAGAUUAUUUCCUUUCUCAAGAGGUUUAACCCAUGCUUAUUGGGCACCAAACUUUUGGGCAAUGUAUUCCUUCAUUGACAAAGUUUUAACAUUUGUUAUGCUAAGAUUUCCAUAUGUCCACAAAUUAAUGCUGAGUUUCACGUCUUCUCCUAUCUUACCAAAAACUGCUGCCGAAAUCAGAGAACGUAUGGCUCAAAAUAAUAACGGUACAAAAGGUUUAGUACAAGAUUAUUUUUUUGUUAUUUUACCUCAGAUUACCCCUAAAUUAACGUUCUUAUUGACUUUAUUCUACCAAAUAUUAGCAGUUAUUCCACUUUUGUUUGAUCCAUCAUAUAAAAGAUUUAUUGGUUCGUUAACUUUAUGUGGUAUGGCAUCAUAUUUAUUUGGAUGGCAUGUUCAUGAAAAAGCUAUUAUGCUAGUGAUUAUACCAUUUUCCUUUUUAGUUGUCUCUGAUAGAAGACUAUUAAUAUCAUUCAUGUUGGUUACAGCCGCUGGUUAUGUUUCAUUAUUCCCAUUACUGUUUGAAAACCAAGACUUCUUACUGAAAAUUUUGUACACUUUUUGUUGGUUUAUUUUAUACUACAGUGCAUUUAGAAAGACUACUAGUCUAUCGACUAGUGUUCAAAGAAGAGUAUUCUUUUUGGACAGACUUGCAAUCAUUUAUAUCAUUUUAUUAAUCCCAAUGAUAUAUGGAACUGAAUUAAUCAGCGUUCUAAAAUUGAAAUUUCCAAUACUAGAACAUUUUUCGUUCCUACCUUUAAUGACGUAUAGUGUCUAUUGUUCAGUAGGUAUCAUCAGUUCCUGGAUUGGUUUGUCAUGGCUGUACAAUUUUGAUGAAUUAUUAUGGGUUUAA